CAGUUAUGUGGAUCAGCUGUGAUAUGCCAAAUAGUAGAAUAGGUUUUUAAUUUAUUACAAGCUUUAAUUAAAGGAACAAAAUUGUUGGGUGUGCAUAAAAGUGGUUGAUGCGAUGGCAGAGUUUAGUGAAGGUAAAAUAAUGGAGGGUUUUCUGUGCCCCAUGUGCCACACAGAUAUGAGAUCUUCAAGAACUUUGCUUGCACAUUUUCAAGAACAGCACUCUGAAGAGCAGGAUAUCCUGAAGUCUUUAAAAGAACUUGUUGGAAAGGCUAAGAGUAAAAUUUUAAAAUUGGACGAUAAAGAUUUGGAAACAUUCAAUAAGGAAUUGUCACUGCAGAAGUACUUUCUGGAAAAGAGUGUGCCACAGGAUGCUGGUCAAACUAGGUCACACAUAGAGUAUUUUAAGGAGGUCAGGAGGGAACGUUUAGAUCAUCGUACAUCAGAAACCAAUAAGCUUAUAAUUAGAUUGGAUAGGUUUUUGAGGGCAGAGGGGACUGACAGGAAGCAGAUUGCCCAAAGCUUGGUCACAUGGCUGGAUGGUAGCACUGUAUCCAGAUGCCCAUCUUGUGCUUCUAGCUUUAACAUAACAAGGAGGCAACACCAUUGCAGAUUAUGUGGGAGUAUUAUGUGCAACUCAUGUUCCUGUUUUUUAACCUAUGAUGAAGCAAGGAAUAUUAUUUCACCAAUGUAUUUUGAUGGUAAGAGCCAAGUACAAAGAACGGAUGAGGAGACGUUAAGAAUUUGCGUACAUUGCGCGAAUAUGCUUGAUUGCAGAAGAAGUCUGCAGAUGAGUCAAAAUAUGCAGCUUCCAAUAUGCAAGUAUUACGAGAAACUGCAGCAAAUCAAGUACGAAAUCGAACCUAGUCUAGAUUUAUUUAAUAAGAUGUACAAAUCGAUAAUGUCAGGUGAUGUAACUUAUCAGUUGCAAGAUGCGCAAUCACUGAAGACAGCUAUUGCAAAACAAGCGGAACUUUUGGAUGCUUAUGGUAAGAAGAUAGCUAGUCUUCCGCCAGAACCCAAUAUUCCGAAAGCAAUUAACUUGCAUAACGCAAUCAGGAGAGGCACCGCGGUUUUCAUAAAAGAACACCUUUUAUCACUGCCUGUUUUACCGUCGCCUGCGGAACUGGAGCACAUCAAGCAGGAGCAAUCUUUGCGUAACGAAGUCCCCAACACGUAUAACAUUCCUAUGAAGCGGGUGGCUGUCACCACCGGAUGGUCUCCUGCAGCCGUUGACGCGGCACCGGAGACUUCGGAGGAUCCUUUGAUCGAGCAAAUGAACAUUGUAAGGAAUUACAUAGAACAAGCCAAAAAGGAGAAUAGGUUUGAUGAGGUCGUCUCCCUCAGGGAGAAUCUGGACAUGCUCAAGAAAAUGUACAGGAAAAAGGUCGGAGCGAACCACGAAUAAGUUUACACAUUCCUAUUAUUAUUUUAUAGCACUUAUUCAAUGCAAUACAUUUUAUAAAAACCACAU